AUGUACCACCGGUGGGAUUUUGCAGGGGUGCGGUAUAAGGCCACCAACAUGUCAGCAAGAAAGCUCAUGGAGCUAUUGAUUGUGUACACACUGAUCACAGUGUUCAUGUGCCGAAUGACCUGGCUUGUCUUGAGGAAGACAUCUUUACUUGAGAGGAUCACCAGGAGGAUAAAAGCAAGAGGAUUAGUGAAGAAAGCAAAUAAAAAGAAGAGAGCAAGGAAAGAUGGGUGCGAUCACCCGAACAAUCACCCUAAAAAGAACAGUAAAACAGACUCCAAAUUGGAGAAAGAUUCCACAAAAGCUAAGGAUAAGCCAAUAAUAAACACUGCAAAGAAGAAAGCGGAUAAAGGGACCAAAAUGGACAAAGAAACCACAAAUUCAAGAGAUGAACUGGCAAAGAAAACUUCAAAGAAGAUGACAGAUGACACAAAACUGGACAAAGAUGCUGCAAAAGUGAAGGGCAAAUUGGCAAACGCUUUGAAGAAAAAGGCAGACAAAGAGGCCAAAGUGGACAAAGAUGCCACAAUCGUGAAGGAUGAACGGGCAAAGAUAACUUUGAAGAAAACAGACAAAGAGACUAAAGUGGACCAGGCCCCUGCAUCAGAAAAAGACGCACUAAAGUCCAAGUCCAAGACUGGCAAAGGCAACAAAAUUGAGUUCCACCAGAUAUUGGUCGGGCUGAGCACUCUGGUCCUGUCAGAGGAGGAGAUGGCCAAAGUAGUGACCAUCCUGAGGGAGAAGAACCCCUCCGUUCUGGGUGCUGGGGAUCUGGAGCUGAAAGAGGAGAAAAUGAAGGCAGCACGGUUGGAGGAGCUGCUGACUGACCACCAAGGGGCAGAGAAGAGGGAGGUGAAGCUCCAGCUGGUGAAGGCCCAGGCUUCCUGCAAGGAGACAGAAAGCCUUAAGAUGAGGAUCAAACAGAUGCCUGAUGAAACAUACCAAAAAAUAUCUCAACUGAAGUUAGAAAACACAAUCUUGAAGGAAGUUGUUGAAACCACAUGGAAAAGGAUAAGGCAAACAUGCAGCUGUCGCUGAUAAUACCCAGCAGUCUCUUCCCGUGCUGACCUGGAUAAACUGUGCUGACCUGAUGUGGUUUUUCCUCU